GCUGCAGUGCUCAAAGCUAUCCCCCAGCCACACAAUAUUCAUGGUACAAGAAGACAGAGGGAAGGGAUGUAGAAGUGUUUGUCAAUCAGAACUACACAGUGAAUUCAAACCAACCGGGAGAAUACUACUGCAUCGCAAAAAAUGAAAUCAGCCAAAGCUCUUCUGAUACAGUCCAGCUGUUUGACCGAGGCCUAAAAAAGGCCCUGAUGUUCUUCAUCCUGGUGUUUAUUGUCCUGCUCAUUAUUUUCUUAAUUUUAUUUGUUUACAGACGCAAGAGAAACAAAUCAGUUCAUCAUGAAACUACGAACACACCGCCCUGUUUUGGUUUUCUGAGUUGGUGGAAUAGCCCUAGGAGGAGGAAUCUGAUAAACGAGCCCAUCAUGGCAGAGCCUUGCAGGAGCAGAGAUGACCUCUUGCCAGACCAGCCAUGCCGUCCAAAGGCCCAACGACGGCAGCCUCAUCCAGACAGCACGCCUGUAUCCAACAUCAGCAGUGUUUACUGCACUGUGAAUCUGCCCGCUGGCAAACAGGGUCCUUCUGCACAAAAGCCAAUCAAACAGCAAGGUGGACACACAGAGGCUGGUUCUCUCAACUAUGCAAAUUUAAAUUUUGGAAAUAAGCAAAAGAACAAUCCAGAGAAUGUCGUGUAUGCUAUGGUGUACAUGAAAAAGCCAACUGAAAAGAAUGAACAAGAAGGACAGGAGGAGUACGAGAACUUCAGUGCAGCCAAGUCUCCAAAUCCAUUGGACUAUGACACAGACACCAGUGAAGAUGAAGCAGAUCUCAAUUAUACACAGGUGAACAUCACGGCAAAGCCUGGACAUCGGACAGCCAACAGAGACUCCAGCAGCUCUGAUGAAGAAGAUACUCAGUACUCUGAGGUCAAAAUCUGAGUUAAGAUCUUCUUAUCUGAGCCACAUGUUUCUAAUAAAUCAUCAACUGUUGUUUAUUAAAUAUGUUUAUUUUUAUCACUCUAAUGUUUCCACUCCUAAAAUAUUACAUUUCGUUAUAUUAAUGUGCAGUAACAAGUACCUAACAUGGAGGAAAUAGAGGAAAGUGAUUAAUCCAAGCCCAUGCAAUCUAAAGUAAAAUGAGGCUCAGCUUUAACAUUUUUGUUUAAACUACUGAAUUAUAAAGGAAAGUGUGGGCAAAUGUACAUAUUUGUAAGCUGUUUUGGCAUUACUGUUUAUUUCAUUUAUUAACAUACUCCAGUGCAAGAUGACAUGGCUGUAAUGUUAUAACGCUGUGCAGCAGCUGCUUUACUUAGGUUUGUUUCGGAAACAAACAAUGUGCUAUAUGCAUAAUCAUCCAUUUAAUAACAUGCUUUGACUUCA